AACCGCUCUUCUUCCCAAAUCCGCAUCUGGCUGGCGCGGAGGAGCUGCCCUUCGCUCUGAUAGGCUGAGCUGGUGCGGUCCCCGGGACUUUGAUAAGACGAGGGGAGGGCAGGCUGCUCGGCUCGCCUUUCCGCGGCGGUGGGCGCUUUUGUGCUUCCGAAAAGCGCAUAAAUAACGCGAAGUUUGACAGGGAGGAGAGACGCAGACCUGGAGAGGCCAUAAAUGAAAUGACGCAGGAUCGCCUCUCCAGUCAGCUUUUACGAGAGGUGCCAGACAGUGUCUGUUCACGUUCUUCACCAGAUACGAGGGGCGCCACAACAAAGUUAAGGUCAAGUUAGUGCCUUAUCUUGGGUGGCACCGAAAUGCGGCUGGGUCUGCUGCGUCUUCUCCUCCGCGCGGAGCGGGCAAAGCCGCGGGACGGGAGCCGGCGGGCCCUCUCCGAAGACCGGGCGACCCGUCCCCGAUUCCCCUGGAGGCUCUUCGGAGCUGUCACUCGCCUCACCUCGGCAGGCUUCCAAGACGGCAAACGGUAACGUCUCCGCAGGGUGCAUCUCAUUGUUUUAUCCGAGGGAACCACAAGACCAUCCCCACAGCUUUGCAGAUAAAAUUCAAGAAAAAACGUAAAAGGGGUGUUUCGCAGGCAGCGACUGGCCGGAGCCCAAGACGUGAGGAAGCAAAGGCCGAGCGACGGGAGGGCCGUGGUGGUCAAUGUUGUUUGAGCAGGCGCCCGAGGCCUUGGCGACCGCAGAGCCCAAGAUGCAGAAAACCGCCUACUACGACAACUCGACGCUCUUCGGGGGUUACGGCGGCAGCGGCGGCUACGGCAAAGCGGACGCCUAUGGCUACACCACAGGCCCGCCCCAGCCUUACGCCCAGCCCGCUCUGGAGACUGACUAUCCCGGGUCGGCUUGCUCCCUCCAAAGCGCCGCCCCCAUCCGAGCGCCCCCUGCCCACAAGAGCUCGGAGCUCGGCGGAAGCUGCAUGCGCCCCGGCGGAGGAAGCCAGGCGGCCCCUCAGCCGCCGCCGCCGGGCCUGGGCGACCAGCAGCCGCCUCUGCCUCCUACACUGCCCUCUCCCUCCCCGCCUAACAACGCCGCCCACGCGGGCUCUGCCAAGAAGGGCAAAAGCGGGCCUAAUUCUUCCAACGGCUCCCCGGCCACGAUUAGUAAGCAGAUCUUCCCUUGGAUGAAGGAAUCGCGGCAGAACUCCAAGCAGAAAAACAGUUGCCCGCCAGCAGGAGAGAAUUGUGAAGACAAGAGCCCGCCUGGCCCAGCUUCCAAGAGAGUCCGCACAGCCUAUACCAGUGCUCAGCUGGUGGAGCUGGAGAAAGAAUUCCACUUCAACCGAUAUCUCUGCCGUCCGCGCCGGGUGGAGAUGGCAAACCUCCUCAACCUGACUGAGCGUCAGAUCAAGAUCUGGUUUCAGAACCGUAGGAUGAAGUACAAAAAGGACCAGAAAGCCAAAGGGAUUAUGCACUCCCCGGUUGGCCAGUCUCCAGACCGAAGUCCACCCCUAAGCGGUCCCAGUCAUAUUGGCUAUACCAGCCAGCUGCCCAGUGUUGGGACCCUGAGCUACGAUACUGCCCCAUCACCAACCUCCUUUGCCAAGUCGCAACAAAAUCUGUACGGCCUGGCUGCCUACACAGCUCCGCUCAGCAGCUGUUUGCCCCAGCAGAAAAGAUACCCUGGAGCUGAGUACGACCACCACACCAUGCAAAGCAAUGGGGGUGGUUUUGCUAAUCCUAGUUUGCAGGGUAGCCCCGUCUACGUUGGAGGGAACUUUGUGGAUUCCAUGCCAGCCUCUGGUCCGAUGUUCAACAUCAGCCAUCUCUCUCACCCUUCUUCUGCUAGUGUGGACUAUAGCUGCGCUGCUCAGAUCCCCGGCAACCAUCAUCAUGGACCUUGUGACCCCCACCCCACCUAUACAGAUCUCACUUCUCAUCACACAUCUCAGGGAAGGAUUCAGGAAGCCCCCAAACUAACACAUCUGUAGUAGAAUGGAACGUAUGGAGAGAAAGAGAGGGAGAAGGGGGGGGGAAGAGAAAGAAAAGAAAAAAGAAAAGGAGAGAAAGAAAGAAAGAUCCUCAUGUUUCAAUUACCUCACUUUUUCCUGAUAAUUAUUUUUCAGAAUCUUGAGUGUUAGUGGAUUGUGUGUGUGCGUGUGUGUCCAGUAGCAGCUAAAUUAUCUUGUUUAUUUCAUUGACAACUCCUAAACUCUAUGGUUUUGUUUUCCUUUCUUUUUGAAUUAAAAAAAAGUUUUAAAGCAUGACAGUGCAAUAUCCUUUAAAAAUAAUUCCCACAAGGGAAUAUUAAUUGGUAAAGAUGUACUGGAAAGUAAGUUGUAGAAAUUUGUUAGUAUUAGCAAAACAUGAGUACUGAUGAGGAGUUUAAGACAUUUGGGACCAAAAUGAGGACCUUAUUCCAGAGAAGUUAAUUUAUGGAAUCCUUCAGCAAUGUGGACAAUUGCUUUGGACUUAAAUAAGAUGUAUUUAUUAUUUUAAUAACUUUUUAAAAAUUACUCAUUAUUUAAUCUUGGCCUUCAAUGUAUUUAUGUGGAUAUUUGUAGAAUUUCUUCAUUCCCUUCUCCCUAAUUUUGAAAGUUUAAUUCAGGUCUUUGAUAACUAUACAUUUUCACCUAUUUAGUAUAUUUGAUCUGAAAUAGAAAGAGUAGUUUUGAACAGUUGUAACAGUGACUGGUGUUUGUAGUUUAUGUAAGGAUUAAGCAAAUUGUAAGUCAAGUCAUAGAUUAAUACAAAACUGAAGCAUUAUCACAAACAGCUGUUACAUUUUAAAACAUAUAAAUAUACAACAUUUUAAUUUAUUUCAUGAUUGUUUGGUAUCUUUUUACUUUUAAAAUGUUUAAAAAUAUUUAGGGUGGGAGUGCAUCUUAUUUAAAAUAAUCCUCUCCUCUGGCAAUUUGGGUUUUGGCCAUUUCUGACAUCCAUAAACUGUCCAGAAACUAUUAACUUAUAAUGCAGUUCCAUACUUAUUUUCUCAGAAGUAAGCCCCAUUGAGUUUAAUGGAAUUACUUCAGUUACGAGUGUCUCAAAUGGCAUCUUUACUGUCUAUUACACAGACCAUUUUGUCUUGUUUUAACGUAAAAUAGCCAAAACCUUCAGAUAGAUUAGAAACAAUAUAAUACUAUUGAUGUCAUUUAGUAAUUCAUUUAGUAAUUCCGCAGUAAUUCAAGUUAAGAAUUAUCCCUUUCAGUUGUUGUUGUUAUUAUUGUUAUAUUAUUUAUAUGCUAUUUAUGCUAAUCAUAGAUCAAUUUUGUACACCUUAUCAGAAACCAGAACUUACUUUUGCUGAUUAAAGAGGAAAAGGAGAAGACAAAUUUUGAAUGAAAUAUUGACAAUCAAGUAUAUACAAAGGAAAGACUGUACAAGGGUGUAGGGAAAUCCAAAUGGCUUUUGGGAUAGGACAUUACUAGAUCUAUCAAUAUUUAAUACAGUUGUUUGUAGCAGGCAUUGAUGCAAUUCUCAUGUAAACAAAUGUUUCUGCUUGAAGCCUAAAAUGGACAAGGAACACAUCCUUCCCGGGCCCCCACUUUAUUUAUAUGUUGUAUUUAAUCUCUCCCUGGAUUUAUUAUAAAGUGUUCCUCAGCAUAAAAGUGACAUUAGGUAGAUGUUAGAAGCUACAGCUGUCCAUUCAUUCAGAAAGAAGCAUUUCUUACUGUCUUCCAGACUGCUCUGUUAGGAUGCAGAUCUUUGGAAAUGCCUUGGACAGGGGCAGAGUGAAACCUCCCAUUUCGGUUUGACUAAUAGUGCCAUUCUAUUUCUGUGCAUCCUGAUGGCAGCUCCUGCAGAUCUUUUUGUUGGAAGAGGAUUUUCACUCUUACAUUUGUGUCUGGCUGGACAAUGAUGGUGACAGCAUAUUUUUAAAAAACCAUGUUAUUGCCCCUCAUUCUUUUUUUUUAAUAUACCAUGUUAAACAAUGAAGAUGGAAUAUGUAUCCUUUUGUUAAAUCUCACUUUUAUCCAAGUGUUGUAAAUCUGUAAACAAGACAGAAUAAACAGCUUCGAAUGAAGAAAUAUUUUAACCAUUUCUGGAUCUAAAGUUGCUUUCUAUGACAUUUUGCUUUUUUCUAAAAUGCACACACAUAGAGCUACUAUAAAACCAUAAUAUACUCAAUCAGUGAGUUCUAAUUUAAACAAGUAUACAAUCCAUAGAAAGUCUUCCAGGAAAUUCCUGGCUAUCAAUCCGUUGAUAAACAAAUAACAUCUAUCUAAUUUAUGUUCCUCAUAGAAGGACAUAUUCAGUGCCUAUAAAUCAACUAAGCAUAUGUUAGGCCUUUCUAGGAUGUCCUGAUAUGAUCCACAGCUUCAUGUUUUAUGGGCUGAACUUCAAAUGGCAUCUGAAUUGUUUUGUAUUAUUUUUCUUCCCUGAACUUGUAUGAAGUGAAAGCAAGUUAUGAACCUUCUGGGAAUGGGGGAGAGAAACAACUAUUCAUACACAUAGAUAAGCACAACUCAUCUUGGCAUAGAGAUAACGUUAUUUUCAAACUUUUCAUUGGGAAAGCUUGCAAAUCAAGUCUGGCAUUUUGGUAAUUAAACUGAUCAAGCUUGUUGCACAAAGCUUUUUAUUUCAUUUGAUUGAAGUCAAGUCAUGCCUGAAAGACCACAUGUUUAGAAUCAUGUUGGUGAUGUAAGUUGAGAUGAGAAAAUCAUAAAUCAAUUGGAAAUAAAUCUUGCCUUGGCUCUAUUUCUGGGGUGGUUUUUUUUGCCUGACUGCAGGGGGCCAAGAACGCCACUACUCAGGGGUUAAAACAAAUUACUUGGCAAAAAGCCUCUCUCUGCUCCUAUUUCACUGGCAUUUACUUUCAUAUAAACAAGUGUGGGAUUUGGGUCCAAGAAGGAAGAGAGAUGGAAUGCCAUUUUUUUCAAUGGCAACAUUUUAUUUAUUAUUCCAUUUCUACAGUUGUGCAUAGCAAUCCAAUUGACUCUUGCUCCUGGUUGUAAUGUUGUCUUAUAAUAAUAAUAAAAAAUUUCUGGUUCAAAGUUUCUCCUGUUAUUUAGGUUUCAGUAAUGUAGGAAUGAGCCAUUUCCACUUAUAAAAUCUGCUUUGUCCCUGAACUAUUGCCUUAUCUGAAAGAACUACAGCACAGGGGAAUAGGGUCUAAGAUCUCAGCCUUUGUCAAAAAGCAGCAGCUAUAUUUCCAAGUUAUUUCCAGGCUCUGUGAUUUUCAAGGAGAAUACACAAGGACAGCGGAAGACAUUUCCAUUUAACUUUACAAAAUCAUAGCAACGCUGAAAAUGCAUUUCUUGAAGAUGUGCCUCUUUUUAAUUAUUUGAAGUUUAAGGACCAACCAUGGGGCCUAGUUUCUUUAUUUAGCUAUCUCAGGUCCUAAACCUGCACCAAAAACAAAAUGCGAUCAGAUUUUGAAAUAGCCUUUCUCAAGUCUGUAGUAGAGCAACUUUCAUUUCAGACUUACCGUUGUCUCACCUUAAAGUUUAUUAUCGAUUUUUCCCCUUGUUUACUGCAGCAUGUGGGGUGGGAAGAAGAGCAGCACUAAAGAUUACAUUUGUAGUAUAGGAACCUUUUUGAAACCAUUCUCUCUUCUUUUGAAACCAUUCUCUCUCCCUUUACGGCUGCAUGCCUAAGCCUAUUUCUCGGCAAAUAAAUCUCAGUCAAAUGUACUGGGCAGAAUUACAAGAAAGCUUGUGUGGAUGCUUCUCCAUAAUGCCUAAACGGAGUAAGUGGGUGUAUAUAUUAUCUCUUCUUUUCCAGCUAUAGCCCACUUUCCCCUCUUUGUACGCAGGAUUACCGACCUUCCUAAAGCUGGAAACAGAUCUGUAUGCAUCAUCCCUCUACCGAUUACUGGUAAGUACAGUAGUCAGAUAACAAUACAGUAGCUUUAACAACAGCAAUAGCAGCAGAGUAAUAAUUUUGGGGAGGGACUUUGAGUUGAUCGCGAACGCCUUUGCUCCCUCUCGGAUUGUCCCUGUGAUUAAAAGAAAACAUCCACUGCUUGUCCUGCCUGCCUGUCUUCUCCCCAUCCUUUUCCUCGCCCCCUUUCCUCCAUUCUUCCCUUCUUCACCAUCGGCGGAUGAGCUCGUCGAGCUGGCCAAGGCUGGGUCAUGCGAUCUAUUCUACUCGGCUGAAAUCGGCAGCAGCAACCUGCCCGCGCGCCGAUUCCUAUUUCCCCGCUGUGUUGGGACCCGCGGGGCUAAAAAAAAGGGGCGGAGGGGGGGGGAAGCAGCGACCACCUCCGCGCGCCGAAGGA